AUGUUAGUUAUGGCGACAGAGAGAGCUCAGCGAUGCUACAGAAAAAAUGCUUAGCCAACAACCUAUGUGCUGUGUUGUAGAAGGACAGUGGGGUAAGGGAUACUGGAUAGGGUACGAGAAUAAGUAGGUGGCGGACGGUGUUCUCUCGUUCUACCGGAUCUUUCAUUCUAGGUGUAGAGAGAGAGCGGGUGAAUGGACUGGAGGAGAGGUGCAGUGCACAGAGAGAGAGAGAGAGCGUUGGAGAGAGAGAGAAAGAGGAGGGAGGGCUAAGAGCUAUUGUUCAUGUGUGCCCACGAACAAAGGACUUAUCUGGGUCUGUACGUAAAAUCGACGGCAGGCUUGUGUCCACCGACAAGGCCUCAUGAGGGACAAAACAACCGAUUUCUCAUUGUCCGUAUUUUCUGGUCCAGUAUUCCCGUUAUAAUAUUUUUUUGUUUAUUCUGAAAAAGUGGGACGUACUACGUUACGACGAACCAGUCAGCCACCGUAGCGUUUUACGCAAGGAGCGUGCUACACGGUAGCUACUAUCCCAGUUCUGUAAACAGCAUUCUUUGAUUGGGACUUCUCUUGCAGGCUGUUCCUCCAAGUCAUUCAAGCUGUACUCCCCAAAGGAGCCCCCCAACGGUAGCACCUUUCCCCCUUUCCACCCCGGCACCAUGCUGGACAGAGACGUGGGCCCAACCCCCAUGUACCCCCCCUCAUACCUGGAGCCUGGAAUAGGGAGGCACACACCGUACGGGAACCAGACAGACUACAGGAUAUUUGAGCUCAACAAACGGCUACAGAAUUGGACAGAGGAGUGUGAUAACCUGUGGUGGGAUGCGUUCACUACAGAGUUCUUUGAGGACGACGCCAUGUUGACCAUAACCUUCUGUCUGGAGGACGGGCCCAAAAGAUACAUCUCCUCCUCCUCCUCCGCAGCGAUUGGCCGGACGUUGAUCCCGCGGUACUUCCGGAGUAUAUUCGAGGGCGGCGCCACCGACCUCUACUACGUGUUGAAGCACCCCAAAGAAUCCUUCCACAACAACUUUGUCUCGCUGGACUGUGACCAGUGUACCAUGGUUACUCAGAACGGAAAACCCAUGUUCACACAGGUGUGUGUGGAAGGUCGUCUGUACCUGGAGUUCAUGUUUGACGACAUGAUGAGGAUCAAGACGUGGCACUUCAGCAUCCGACAGCACCGUGAACUGAUACCACGCAGUAUACUGGCCAUGCACGCCCAGGACCCCCAGAUGUUAGACCAGCUGUCUAAGAAUAUCACCAGAUGUGGACUGUCUAACUCCACCCUCAACUACCUCCGACUGUGUGUGAUUCUGGAGCCCAUGCAGGAGCUGAUGUCCAGACACAAGACAUACAGCCUCAGCCCCAGGGACUGUCUCAAGACCUGCCUCUUCCAGAAGUGGCAACGCAUGGUGGCCCCGCCAGCUGAACCAGCCAGACAGGCCCCUAAUAAGAGGAGGAAGCGUAAGAUGUCUGGCGGCAGCACCAUGAGUGCUGGAGGAGGAACCACCACCAACAACAACAAGAAGAAGAGUCCAGCUAGCAGCUUCCCCCUGUCCAGCCAAGUACCAGAUGUGAUGGUGGUGGGAGAGCCCACCCUUAUGGGUGGGGAGUUCGGGGACGAGGACGAGCGCCUGAUCACGCGGCUGGAGAACCAACAGUUCGACGCGGCCAACGGCAUCGAUGACGAGGACAGCUUCAACAACAGCCCCGCACUGGGCGCCAACUCUCCCUGGAACAACAAGGCCCCAUCCAGCCAGGAGAGCAAGAGUGACAACCCUACCUCUCAGGCCUCCCAGUAGAGGAGGGGAGGGAGGGAGGGAGGGGAUGGGGCUUUGAUAGUCUAAAUGGGGCUUCCUCUCCUUUGGGUGUGUGUCAAUUGUCUAUAGUGGCUUCCUGACUGUUCUUAUCUCUUUCUCUUAAAGGGGCAAUCCAUGUUGAAAAAAUAACAAAGCUUCACCUCUGCCUCUGUUUUGGUAAAAAGUUGAGGGAUGGGCCUGGAGAAAUGUAACCACUCUCAAAUUCAUAGACAGCUAUGGGUACAAGGACUGACCAUCCAAGAUAUUUAAAAAAUAUAUAGUUUUGAGGCUAUACAGUUUUUGUUUAUAUUUACAAUGGUUACACACAUUAUAGUAAAACAAGCUUAUAUUUUGAGUUCUGAUGGGGUACAACAGUUGAAUUAAGCUCAUAAGGCAUUUAUAGGUCAUCUUCUUCAAGAAUCAAUGGGUAUAUAUAAUUAAUUUAUAAGUCCAAAAAUGGAUGUAGCGACUGCAGAUUGCCCCCUUUUAAUAUGGAUCUUAUCUAGGCCUUGGAGUAGAAGGAGUAGAGGUUUCCUUUCCUUGUCUACCUUCCUAAAUCAGUUCUGAUAUGAGAGCUUGGUAGAUGAAAGGAAAUGACUGAUAGCUAUUACUUACAUGGGGAUCCUCCAUACCUGGCUCUCCUAGCCUGGCUUUUAAGAAGAGACCAGAGGAGAUGAGGAGAGGGAAGUCGUUUGGGACGGUUGAGAUGCACCCAGGUAGGGGUGCAGGAAGGGGGGGUGGGGUAGGGAGAGGGUUGUUGGGGGGGGGACACGUGGAGUCGCUUAGGGACGGCUACUCACCCAUCUACCUUCAGAAGAAUCAUGUUCACUAGAUAUGGAGCUUAGCUCUGGUCCACUCUGCUGCUGCAUGUGUGUGUGUGUGUGUAUGUUUGUGUGUAUGUUUGUGUGUGUGGCUGUACUUGGUCAGAACAAAAGCCCGGACUGUGCCAAGGCUAGCGGACCAGAGUUGAGAUCCAAUCAGUUUAAAAUGAUUUCUCUCACACACACACACACACCAUUGAAGGAUUACUGAUCCAACCUUAUAACAGAAAGCAUUUAAACAACAACAUUUUAGAGUUUUAUACCAGUCUAUUUCCCUAGAAUGUUUUUAUUUUAUUUUCUACUCCUGCAUUUCAAUUCUACUUUUUAUUUGUUCUUUUUUAUGGACGAUAUUGAGACGCUACCAGACCAAGGAGCCAGAAAACAGGACUGCUUUUAUUCUGCCCCUUCCUCCCCGAAAAAAUAGAUUUGGUUUGUUUUAAUAUCUUUUAUGUUUUAAAGAGAAAUAAUUGUGGAUGUUUUUUUUAGAUUGAUUUUCUCCUUCUUGUUUUUAGUGUAUUUGUGCUUGUAUAUUUAAGGUAGUAGCAAAGUUCUGUACGACUGUAUUCUAACUUAGAGGUACCUGAAGCCAUUCUGAUCUAAUGGGGGAAAAGAAAGACAAAAUAAAUGGACAAAAAGAAGAAGAAAACACAUGACCCUCUCCACCAAUCCUCUCUCAAACACAUGAACCUCUCCACCAAUCCUCUCUCAAACACAUGAACCUCUCCACCAAUCCUCUCUCAAACACAUGAACCUCUCCACCAAUCCUCUCGCUCUCUUUUUUUAUUUUUAUUUACUUGUGUACAUUCAAUUAAAAAAACCCGGGGGUACAGUCACCAUUGAGAAGACAUGUUUGCAUCUUCCAGUUCAGCUGAUCUUUUUUCCAUUUUGUUUUCUAUUUAUUUUUUAAUGAAAUAUCAGAUAUACGUUAUGUUUCUCCAACCCCCCCCCGAUUACACAUACAUACACUUAUCCGAAAUGUACACUACUAUUAGCAAAUAAGCUUCCAAGCUAACUAUCUACUGCUGUUCCAAAGUAGUCUAAAAAGACAACCUGACAUAAUUCUACCAUAUUUGUGUCCCAAAUGGGACCCUAUUCCCAAUAAAGUGCUGGUCAAAAGUAGUGCACUACAUACGGAAUAGAGUGCCGUUUGGAACGCAGCCUCCAACUAAUUAUUAAUGUUUCACUGAAGUCGUAGGGUUGUAUAUAUUUCCAAUACAUGUGUUGUAUAGGCUUGAUCUGUAGUAUUGAGUCUGUUGUGCAUGUUUGGUAAUACCUUCAAUUCUCACAAGGGGGCACUGUUAAGAGUAUCACAAAUACAAUAAUUGAUUUAUAACAACUUUCAACUCCCAUUAUACAUCCAGUUCAAACAGUGAUAUUAUCCCCCCCCCCUCCCCAGGCUCCUCCCUAGGUAGUACUCUACUUUUGAUCAGGGCCAAUAUGAGAACAGGGUGCCAUUUGUGACAUGACCUUUUUUGUUUUGGUCUGUAAAUGUUGUUCAAGCUCUUGUCAAAUACAUUGUGUACAUUUCCAUUUCAGUACAGCUCUGGCUUUUAAACAGGUAACAGAGAGAGUCUGUCCCGAAUGGCACCCUAUUCCCUACAUAGUGCACUACUUUGGACCAGAACCCAUUGGCCCUGGUCAAAUGUAGUGCGCUAUAUAAGGGAAUAGGGUGCCAUUUUGGAUGCAACCUAGAGAAAGGUGACUGGUACCCUAAACCAACCAUUUAGAAAAACCCUGGUUUGAUAUUUUGGUUAGUUUUCUGCCCUUGAUAAUUAUUGAUUAAUUAAUGUAUGGUACCAAUAAAAAUAUACAUUUUCACUUUAAAAUGAA